CCGAGCGCCCGGGCGGCUGCCCCAGCUGGGCAGUGCUGCUGUGCGCCGCGCUCGGUGCCCGCGCUCCCCGCUCCGCGCUCCCCGCCAGCCGCCCCGGGGCAGGAGGCGCGCCUGGCGGCCGGCCGGCCAGACAAAGGAGGCGCGGCGCGGCGGAGCCGGCGCGGGCCAACGGACCAUGGACUCGGGGCGCGAGCGGCCGGCCCCAGCCCUGAGGACCCGGCGCCCCCGGGCCCGGCCCUAGGCGCCCGGCUCCGCCGCCCGGGGCGCGCAGCGGGGAGGACGCGGAGCCCGUGCGGCGCGGAGGAGGAGGCGGCGGCCGCCGAGCUAGAGGGGCGCCGCGGCGGACGGCCCGCGCGGCCCCCGGAGCCAUGGGCAAGUGCAGCGGGCGCUGCACGCUCGUCGCCUUCUGCUGCCUGCAGCUGGUGGCUGCACUGGAGAGGCAGAUCUUUGACUUCCUGGGCUAUCAGUGGGCUCCUAUCUUAGCCAACUUCCUGCACAUCAUGGCCGUCAUCCUGGGCAUCUUCGGCACCGUGCAGUACCGCUCCCGGUACCUCAUUCUGUAUGCAGCCUGGCUGGUGCUCUGGGUUGGCUGGAAUGCAUUUAUCAUCUGCUUCUACCUGGAGGUCGGACAGCUGUCCCAGGACCGGGACUUCAUCAUGACCUUCAACACGUCCCUGCACCGCUCCUGGUGGAUGGAGAAUGGGCCAGGCUGCCUAGUGACACCUGUCCUGAACUCCCGCCUGGCCCUGGAAGACCACCAUGUCAUCUCUGUCACCGGCUGCCUGCUUGACUAUCCCUACAUCGAAGCACUCAGCAGUGCUCUGCAGAUCUUCCUGGCUCUGUUCGGCUUUGUGUUCGCCUGCUACGUGAGCAAAGUGUUCCUGGAGGAGGAGGACAGCUUCGACUUCAUCGGUGGCUUUGACUCCUACGGAUACCAGGCGCCCCAGAAGACGUCGCAUUUACAACUGCAGCCUCUGUACACGUCGGGGUAGCCGCGCUCCCACCCGGGCGCCGCGUGCUUGCUGGCUAGACUGAAGCUGAGGCCACCAGGUCGGGCCCAAAUGGCAGGCGCGCCCCUGGCGGCUAGCGGACCGACUGCAGCCUGCACUAGCUGGGUCCGCCGGACAUGGACCUGGCCCUUCGCAGCCCGACUCCAAGGGUGGGGCGGGCCGGGCGGGGGAGGGGAUCGCGGGGGUUUGUAUUUUUUUUUUUUUUUUUUAUCUCAGCCUUGGUGUGCGCUGGGGCCUCCCUCCCUGCUCCAGCCUCUUCUUUUUGAAACCCUUCACCCAACUUCCGGUCCCGUGUCCAGAGAGAAAUGGCAUUCACCUCAUUUUACCACACUGGUUCACCAGCCUUGGGGAGAGUUACUGUGACCUAGAAGCAGGAGUCCUGGGUUCCAGUUGCAGCUCCGUCACUGACUCUCUGUGUGACAUCUGGCAAGGCCCUUGCCCUCUCUGGGCCUCAGUUUCCCUCAAAUAAUUAAAAUAAUCUCUUAGCA